CUUUUCAUAACGGAAUAUUUUUCUAACGGGUUCUGUAAGGAGAAUUAGACCAAGAUGUAGAAGGUAUAAUGAGGGCAGAAAGAUAAGGAAGUAAAGAAAUAAUCAAUAUAGAAAAUAUGUGAUAUUUACUGUGAAUUAUCAGAGAUAUACCAUAGUUUAGCUUGACAACCAGACGACAUGAUGUCAUCACCAUGGUAUCAUCUACUGUAUAUUGGUUACCUUGGAUACACCUUCAUUUCUCUUGUCUGUGCUGAAUCAGUGUAUAUGGAUAAAUGGGCCCAUUGUCAAGGUGAUGACAUUAAUAUAGAUGGAGAUAUAUAUACAAUCUUCGCAACUGGAGGUGGAUUUAACCAUGAAACUCUUCACUGUGACAUCACGUUUAAAGCAAGGAGGGAUAAGGGAUUAUGUUUAACUUUUAAAAAAUUUUCUAUCGAAGAUUGUCGAGUUGUUUUAAAGAUUUAUGAGAGAAGUACAAGUUCGGGGAGUAAUAGGAAUAUGUUUAAAUGCCAUGAUUCUAUGCCAUCCAGAAUUUGUACCACUGAAAGAUAUUUUACAGUGAAAUUAGAAAAAACAGCCUUGAAUAAUAAUAAAAAUUAUGAUUUUCAAAUUGAUGUACAAGAAAGUGAUAGUAUAACUGAAGAAGGAGUAUUUUUUAUGUCUAUUGGACUGAUAGCUGGUAUAAUAUGUGCUGUAAUCAUUCUCAUUGCUUUAAUGGCUGCUCUGGUCAUCUGCUGCUGUUGUAAAAAGAAAAAGAGCGGGAAAAAUUCAUCUGCUUAUAAAGCAGCAGAAACAACUCCCCCUCCUCCAUAUCCUGUUAGACCAAGUGCUCCACCUCUAGUGGAUAAUCCAACUGUGGGUGUCGGUCAUGGAUUACCUCCCUUCACACCGCCAUUAUAUCAACCUCCCCCCUACUCACAUCAUGAUCCAUAUGCUGUUCAUUCAUAGUUGAAUGAAAACUUAUACAUAGAAAAACCAAAGUAGUGUAGUAUGAGUUAUGUGGAGUUAUGUGGACUAUUGGAAUGCAGAGGUGACAAAUACAAAACAGUGGCAUCAGGUGUUCCGAGAAAGUAUCUUACUUUUUUAGAGCUGAUGUCAUGCCAUAUCAAGCAUCAUUUUCAUAUCAUUUCACAAUGUAAAAGCCAUAUCAUUAUAUGUUUGUCUAUUGCAAAAUUGAAGUAAAGAGAUGAUUAAAUGUCAAAAGAAGAAUCUCAUGGUAUUCCAUACUUUUUUUUACAAAAUUAAGAAUUCUAAUUUUUGAAAAUUCAAACAUAAUAAGAUAAAAAGACUAUAUUUUGUAAAUAAAAUUGUAAAUAUGUAAAUUAUAUUUUUAAUGUUAUUUUAUAAUAUUUCAAUGGAGGAUGAGAAAUCUAGUCAAAUUUUAUCGUCAUUCUUAUGUUCAUCAUCAUCAUUAUUAGUAUCUGAUUAAUCAUCAUUAUCAGAAUAAUCAUCAUUAUUUAAAGGGGAUUUGUAAAGCUGUUUUCUUACUUUUUAUGUGUAUCUGUGGUUCUUGUAAUUUGAUUCAAACUACGCUUUUUAUGACAUAGCUAUCACAAAGAUAUUUGAUAUUAUAAUCAGUUUUUCAAUAGUUAUUUAUUGGAAUGCAAAUCGAUGCUAUCUGUGUCUCCAAUAAAAAUAAAAAGUCU